UCCAUUUCACAAAUCCCAUCUCUCUCUCUCUCUCUCGCAGUGUUUUGUAAAUGGCUUCAAAGACAUUUGCAACAACAGCAAUUUUUCUCUCUCUCAACCUUCUGUUCUUCUCUUUGGUUACGUCUACGUACGUUCCAUGCCCACCAGCUGCACCUAAGCCUCACCACAAGCACCAUGACAAGCACCCAUCAUGCCCAAAAGAUACACUGAAGCUAGGUGUAUGUGCGGACCUGCUGGGGCUGGUGAAUGUGGUGAUUGGCUCCCCACCAACCCUCCCAUGUUGCUCUCUGCUCGAAGGACUGGCCGAUCUUGAAGCUGCUGUCUGCCUUUGCACAGCCAUUAAAGCUAAUAUCUUGGGCAUUAACCUUAAUAUCCCAGUGUCCCUCAGCUUGCUCUUGAACACAUGUGGCAAGAAGUACCCAUCUGGCUUCCAAUGCGCUUAGUCCCCCUCUCCCCCCUAAAGCUGGGUUACUGCGUUUCUAAGCUGUGAUUUGUAUUGUUUUGGUGUGUGUCCCUGAAUUUGUUGUAUUCUAUCUAUAUUGAAUUUGUGUUGGGAAAGGUCACCUAGGGCCAGUUAUCCUUUCUGAUGAUAGUUAAGGAUGUUUGUCCUAGAAAUAAGUCAUUGUGAUUUGUGGAAGACGUCUAUUUAUUUCUCUAUUCCUGGGCUUCAAGGAAAUGUAGCUUCCUUGUAUUGUAUUUUGCAUGCAGUUCUUAUAGUUAAUCAAUGCUACAUUUGUUCAAA